CAAAACCCUCGGCCCCCACAAACACAGAUUCACGCACUAAACAGUGUAACCAAAACCAGAUCUCCAUUAAUUCCAACAACCCAACUUCCAAAUACACUUUUUAUCCCCAUAUCUUUUAGUGCUCGCUGUCUCACCGUCCCACUCAAAUCCCGUGACUCCAUUUCCAAAUCACUACCUUCCAAAUUCACUCUAAUAUUCUUUCUUGCUAUUUUCUUGAUUUUUGAUUGUGACAGUUUCUUUUACCCAAUUUUUUUCAUUUUAUUUAAUAGGAAUAAAUUCUUUGAAUUAUGAAAAUGAUGCAGCACAGAAAACCUAUAAAACCCACCGCACCGCCCGCAUUGCCCAACCCCACAAACAAUCCCAAACAAUUCCACCAUUUCAAAUUCAUCUUCAUUUCAAUGGCCGCUCUCCUCUCCUUCGGCCUCGUCUCCUUCCUCCUCUUCUUCACCAUCUCCUCCGCCUCCCGCCACCGCCACGUCAAGCCCACCGCCGACACCCCACCUCCCGGCGGCGAUCGCUCCACCAUCAUCCACGAGGCCUGCAAGGCCUCACGUGACCCUCCCACGUGCGAAUCCUCUCUGUCGAAGUCGAACCGGGUUCCCCCGGACGCCGCCGUUGCUCAGGUGAUUCUAUCUGCCUUGUGGGUUUCGUCACAGAAUCUGGAUACGGGUCGGGUCAUGGUCCGUAAAAUCCUGGACGGGUCGGCAGACAACCCGACCCGCUCCGGCGCCGCGAACAAUUGCCUGGAGCUGCUGCGUUACUCGGAGUACAGGACGAAUUUGUCGGUGGGGGACGCGCUGCCACGUGGCCGAAUCAAGGACGCGCGUGCAUGGACGAGCGCGGCCCUGGUGUACCAGUACGACUGCUGGUCGGCGCUCAAGUACGUGAACGACACCUCCCUCGUCGCCGAAACGAUGUCGUUCUUCCACUCCUCCCUCAUCCCUUCCACCAGCGACGCUCUCGGCAUGAUGGUGAACUACGACCUCUUCGGCGACCAAACCGGGUCGUGGGGCCCGCCGAAGACUGAGCGUGACGGGUUCUGGGAAUCCGCCGGGUCGGACUCCCCCGGGUCCGGGUCGGCCGGCGGCGUGCCGCCGGGUCUUAAUGCGGACGUGACCGUCUGCAAUGCAGGCGGCGGCGAUGGUGGUGGGUGCGAUUACGAGACGGUGCAGCAGGCUGUGGAUGCCGCCCCGGAUAAUAAUUCCGGGUCGGGUCAACGGUUCGUGAUAUGGAUCAAGGCUGGGGUUUAUGAGGAAACGGUUCGGGUACCGUUGGAGAAGAAGAAUGUUGUGUUCUUGGGGGAGGGCAUGGGCAAAACGGUAAUUACAGGGUCCAUGAAUGUGGGGCAGCAGGGUGUGUCCACCUACAACUCCGCCACCGUCGGUGUUGUUGGAGAUGGAUUUAUGGCAAGUGGACUCACAAUCAAGAACACAGCGGGCCCCGAUGCUCACCAAGCGGUCGCGUUCCGAUCAGACAGCGACCUCUCCGUAAUAGAAAACUGCGAAUUCAUUGGAAAUCAAGAUACCCUUUACGCCCACAGCUUACGUCAAUAUUACAAGUCGUGCCAUAUCCAAGGCAACGUCGACUUCAUAUUCGGAAACUCAGCUUCCUUCUUCCAAGACUGCCUCAUACUCAUCGCGCCGCGUCAGCUAAAACCAGAAAAGGGAGAGAACAAUGCGGUCACCGCCCAAGGUAGAAUCGACCCGUCGCAGUCGACCGGAUUCGUAUUUCAAAACUGUGUAAUAAAUGGGACUAAUUCUUACAUGGCGUUGUAUUAUAGUAAGCCUAGUGUGCACAAGAAUUUUCUAGGCAGACCUUGGAAGGAAUAUUCGAGGACGGUUUUUAUUGGGUGUUUUUUGGAGGUUAUUGUGAAGGCGGAGGGGUGGAUGCCUUGGAGUGGCGAUUUUGCGUUGAGUACACUUUAUUACGGUGAAUUUGAAAAUGUGGGGCCCGGUUCGAAUACGAGUAAUCGAGUGAGCUGGAGUAGCCAGAUUCCGGUGGAACGUGCUUAUUCGUAUUCGGUUCAGAAUUUCAUACAAGGUGAUCAGUGGAUCCCUACUUCUUCUUGAUUUUUUUGAAGGUCUUGUGCAUAUAUAUAUAUAUAUAUAUAUAUAUAUAUAUAUAUAUUAAUGUAAUCACAAAAUAAUUAAUAGUUUAGUUGUGGAUUAACAUUUAGUAAUGAGUUUCUUGUGAUGGAGGUGGUCCCAGGAAUAUAAUUAUGCAGCUCACGUGUAACUAAGUUCACAAUCACAUGCAUUUGUUAAUAAUACAUGUUCUAAAUCUAAUGAUUAUAAAUGGCUUUAUCAAUUUUAUGUGGAUUGAUUUAUUUUAUUUUGAUUUACA